UAAAAUUAGAGUAACCUCCCUUGGUUUCAGACAGUUGCCACUUCCGUCUAAGAUUUACAAUUAUGCAUACUCAUGAAAACACACUUGGUGUGAACCUUUCCAGCUAUAAUGGCAGCUGCUAGUGUUUGUCGAAAACGUCCUCGCAGUGACCUAGAGGAAGACUGCGAUGACUGCCUUCCAAUAUCAAAACGCAUCAACAAACUCCAUAUUGAAUCGGCCAGACGAAGUCAGGAGGAAGGGUUAGCUAAAGGAGAUACGACUCAGGGCUUCAGUGGAGAAGGAACGUCCUCUGCAAACUGUGAUCCUCAUCUGUUGCCAUGGCAACAAGCUCAACUAGUCAAUCAACAUCUAGUCUGUGGUCCUGGAGCCAAUCAGAGCCAGUUGUCCAUUCCUGGGUGUUCAGUCCCCAACCAUCAAACACGGCCAUCGCUGAAUCCAGAAGAGGCAAGAACGAACAAUAAUGAUAUAUUACACAGUUCAGAUAAUGUUGGUGCAGUCUGUGAUCAGUGCCCCAUCAACAUGGAGGACAUCGCUGGCUAUGACCCGGAACUGAAAGAGGGAGAGAACCCACACUACUUCCGGGUCAACAGUAUUCUCUACGAUGCUCACGUGUCUCGCGUCACACGGACAAAGUCAUUCCAUGAACUCAAUAGCUAGUGUUGCAUGUCUUCUAGUGCCUCUCGUCAUGUGUCAGGGCUAGCGCCACACCCUAGUGAAGGAGGAGGAACUGGUAGUUUUGUUGAAUGCUGUAUUCGCCAUAUUAGGCGUCCUGCUUCAAACUGACCAACUUCAAGACCACCUUUUCAGGAUAGUUUUUGUAAGUGCCCCAUACCAAGACCGAACACUAUCGUAUGCCAGUCUUUAUUUUGUCAUGCGUAUUACAUCAUGUCUUACAAUAAACAGCAAUGCAGGAGGGGAGUAUAUUUGCCUGGUGUCUAUUAUCAAAAAUGUUUUAGUUUCAUCAAUGUUUGCACGAGGUUUGUUCUCUACCGCACGAUCACUGACACAAAUUUGACUUGUAAGGUUUUAAGAAGCACCCCCUUUAUCAUUUUCUAAGCACUCAGGCUGCUUAUUAUGGCGAGUAUGGUACCUCUGUUUAGCGGUGUUUAGUUUAUAUCUGGAAACUAAUUCAGAAA